GCUGUGACAGGACGACAAACAAGAGCUUGUAAACUCCAGCUGCAGAGCGGAGAGAAGCAUGGCUCCGCAGUGUGUCUGCGUGCUGGCUCUGGCGGCUGUGCUGCUGCUAGGUAUCUCCACAGUCUCCAGAUCGAAGGGCCUGAAGGGCCAGGGGCAUCAGCGGGCGCCGCAAAUGCCUUCUCAGUUCAGCCCAGGCGAGCGCUUCGCGAUGAAGGAAGCGCUGAAAGGUGCCAUCCGGAUUCCAACAGUAUCUUUCAGCCCCGAGAACGUUAAUGCAACAGCCCUGGCUGAGUUUGGAGAAUACAUUCGUACAGUCUUUCCAACAGUUUUCAAAACCAGCUUUAUCCGGCAUGAAGUCAUAGGAGAGUACAGCCACCUGCUCACUGUCCGAGGCUCAGACCCUAGCUUGCAGCCCUACAUGCUAAUGGCGCACAGUGACGUGGUGCCCGCCCCUGACGAAGGCUGGGAGGUGCCCCCGUUCUCUGGCUUGGAGCGUGAUGGCUUCAUCCAUGGCCGAGGCACACUGGACAACAAGAACUCUCUGAUGGCAAUCCUGCAGGCCCUGGAGCUCCUGCUGAACAGAAACUACAUCCCCCGAAGAUCUUUCUUUAUUGCUCUGGGCCAUGAUGAAGAGGUGUCAGGGCAGAAUGGGGCUCAGAAGAUCUCAGCCCUGCUACAGGCAAGGGAUAUCAAGCUAGCCUUCAUUGUGGACGAGGGUAACUUCAUCUUGGAUGGUUUCAUUCCCCACCUCAAGAAGCCCUUUGCCAUGAUUGCAGUCUCAGAGAAGGGUUCGAUUAACCUCAGGCUGAAAGUAAACAUGACUCCAGGCCACUCCUCAGCUCCCCCAAAGGAGACAAGCAUCGGCAUCCUCGCAGCCGCCGUCAGCCGCCUGGAACAGACACCAAUGCCGAACAUGUUUGGAAGCGGCCCAUUGAAAAUGACGUUGCAGGAACUGGCACAUGAGUUCUCCUUCCCUGCCAAUAUUAUCUUGAGCAACCUGUGGCUAUUUGGGCCGCUUGUAAGCAGGUUAAUGGAGAGGAAUUACAUAACCAAUGCGCUGGUCAGGACCACCACGGCACUCACCAUGUUCAAUGCAGGAGUCAAGGUGAAUGUCAUCCCCCCGGUGGCCCAGGCCAUAAUCAACAUCCGGAUUCACCCUGUGCAGACUGUCCAGGAGGUCCUAGACCUCGUCAAGAACAUUGUGGCUGACAACCGGGUCCAAUUCCACGUGUUGACUGCCUUUGACCCCCUCCCUGUCAGCCCCUCCGAUCAUCAGGCCUUGGGCUACCAGCUGCUCCGCCAGACCAUACAGUCCAUCUUCCCGGAAGUCAGCACUGUUGUCCCAGGCAUUUGUAUUGGCAACACAGACAGCAGACAUUAUACAAACCUCACCACCAGCAUCUACCGGUUCAACCCUCUCUACCUGCAUCCUCAGAGCUUCCGUAGCAUCCACGGAAUCAAUGAGAAAAUCUCAGUCCCAGCCUACGAGACCCAGGUGAAAUUCAUCUUUGAGUUUAUCCAGAACGCUGACGCAGACCAGAAGCCAGCGCCUCAUCAGCACGAACUGUGAGGUCGAGGAGCCAGCUGGAUUAGGGGUGCCUGACCCCAGCCAUGAUUAACCCAACGGGGAAAGCUCAUGUUGAUGAAACUUUGGGUCAAAACCACUUGGUGAUCCAUCACCCACCAGCCUUACUCACUCCUGAAGUCACCAAAGAUCAAGGCCAAGGGGUAGGGCAGGGCCGGCAGGAACCUGGCUUCUUCCUCCAAGCAACUGCAUCCCUCAGCCGACCAGCAUUUACUGCCUUCUUGUCCCGAUCUCAGAAGUUACCAGGCUUGUUGGUCUUACACUGGUUAUUUAACUGCUCCUUUGUAAAGACCUGACUUGACAAAUGCAGAUUUGGAAAACCUCAACCAGGUUUUACCUUCUAGAGGCGUGUAAUUUCGGGCAUGCUCGCCAGGCUGCCUUCUCCAUCACUGAUAUAUUUCUUUUUGCUGUAAUUUCCUUUCUUGUCCUCCCCCUUGCCUUGGAUUUUUUAGCUGGCCCUUCAUCUCUCCUCUCCUGCCCCUGCAUCCCUCCCCCUGCAUCCCUCUAAUUUAUUCUACAUCUGGAGCAGAACUUAGUCAAACUGUGAUACUACCGUAAUUACCACAACAACCGGGUCAAAUAAAGUGAGCCAUGUAGCAUCAAGCAGUCACUGAGAGGUGAAACUGAGGCAGGGGACUUUGCAGGCACCCCAAACCUCCUGGUUCUGGAGGCUGGAGCCUAGAGAAGAAAGCCUCUGCCCUUGGGCUCCUCCCAAGGGCUCCCUGGGCUUUGCUCCCUCCUCCCUCCCCUGUCCUGUCCCUGCCACCCUGCUGCUGCUGUCCCACCCCAGGAGGCACUAAUCUGUGGAAACAUUUCCCUGGCACAUCCUAUAGGCUGAGCUCCCAAGAGAAGCGCACUCAUGAUCCUGCCUUGCAGUGAGGCCCAGGACCAGCAGGGCUCUGGCAUCAAGUCCUGGUUCUGACCUCUCAAAACGAAGUGGCGGGUAUGGGGUGGGGGAGCAAGGAGGAGCCUGACUUGAGGGGCUCUGCCCCAGGGGGUGGGCAGAGGAGGGGCAAGCUACUCUGCCUUAGGGGACAGCAGAGCCCCUGUCCUCUUUCUCUGGAAUCCAACCCUGAGCAUAUUUGAAUCCGCUUAGUAGCUGCCAGGUAGAGGGCAUUGGAAGGCAGCCUCUCUUGGCUCAAGGCUGGGAGCUGAGCUUUGUGAGUCACAAGGGAGUUGGGGUCAGAGAGGGAGACCAGAGGAGCUGGGACUUGAAGACUCCCUCUUUUUUGCCUCACCAAAGACCUUUCGUGCCUUCCUGGGGUUUGACAGCAGAAGGCUCUUUUUCCCACCUCACAACCCCCAUAUCCCCAAUUCCUUACCUCCCUCUGUGCCCUUGGCCGUGAGCUCUUCCUUGGAGCUUAGGCUUAAUGGAAAGAGUUAGAAACAGUGUGGGGAUUAUUUGAGCUUUUUCGCUACUCCGCCUAAGAUUCACAUUCCUUCCCUCACCCUCCCUUUUUUUGGCCAAUUCAGGACUUAUUCAGCCUUUGUUAGAGAGGGUGAGCUGAAGAACAGACAAUCUUUCACCUUCGUACAGAGCUGUACAAAGUGCUUUCGUACACCUUAUUUAUUUCAUCGGAGCUCCACGAAGAAAGUAGUAUUACCCCUUCUUACAGAGAAGGAAUUGGUCCUCAAAGGGGUUACACACCUAGCUGGGGGCAGAUCCAAGCCCAUGUCACCUGGCCCCAAAUGCACCAUUGUUCCAUGGUCCUAAUUAAUAAUGGAAUCUACUUCCCAACCAUUAUCUUAAUCCUCACAACAGCUCCAAGGUGUUAGUGUUCCUAUUUUAUAGAUGAGGCAACUAAGACCCAGAGAUUAAGUAAUUUGCCCAAGGUCGUGCAGGUGUUGGGGGCAAAGUCUCUCUGAGUCCAAAGCCUGUGCUAAGAGUACUGAAGAGGAAAGAAACUGAGACUCAAAGAGGUCAUCUGCCCAAGAUGCCAUAGCUCUUAAAGGGCAGCCCCAGAAUUCAAAUGCCAGUCAAAAAUCCCCAAGUCCAAGUUUGCAAUUGCACCACACUGCCUGCCCCCAGAACCUCUGAUGUGUAGCUCAUUCAUUUCGAUCCAAGGAGAUCUCAAGGACAAAGUCUGUUUUACCAUUGGCUUUGGUUCUUAGCUCAAGCUCUCGCUGUUCCCCUGGCUGACCUCUCUCUAUUCACACCUCUCCCUCUGUCUGCCAACAUUCCUUACCACCCCCACCCCAGCUUCUGGGUUCAGCUUUUUUCCCUUCUCUGAGUUUGGGGACAGCAGGGUCUCUAAUAAUCCUUGGGAUAACUGGGAGAAGACUGAGUGGGGACGUUGUCCCCACUGGGUCUCACCACUCUCCUCUAGUGCCAGAAAGGAUAGUCUUUCCAGACUCUGGAGUGGGAAAGAAGGCCCUUGAGAGGGAACAGCUCCAAAUCCCGGUUUGAAGAAUGCAGACCUUCCAGCCCUGUGGCCCUUGAAGGCUUCUGAAAAGAGUGGCUGAGAGUGCUGGCCAGACCAGGACAACAUGAGCUCUAAGACUCUGAGCAGAAAGGGACAAUGAAUCUGGAACUUUCCUCCACCCCUACCUGCAUCCAUCUACCACUCCCCAAAUCCACCUUGAAAAAGCUCCUGCUAUAAACCUACAUCCCAUCAGGGAUUUGGCUCAAGCUUCUUACUCACACCUCACUCCCUGAGGUUGGAAGGAAGACAAAAUAGUCAUAAGCAAAGAGGCUGGGAAAGGAAAGGAAUAAAGUGUGGCUGGAGUCCCUUGGUGUUGAACCCGGAGUCCCUUGAUGUUGAACCCGGGAUGCUAAAAACUUGGCCAUUCUGAAUCCAAUAUUCUCCCCCAGAGGAGAUAGUAGAAAGACACAAAGUCUGCAUUCAUUUUUUUUUUGAAAAUUUAAAUCUAAAUAAUUCUAUAAAAAUGAAACUACUUGCAGUUUUACUGUUCAGUGUCCACGUAGCUGUCAAUAAAAAGGAUAAGUAUCAUGCUUCAUAUAUGUUACAUCCAAACCUACAAAUAUAAAAAUGUAAGAACAAUAUAAAGUGUUUAAUACCAAAAGAUAUUCCUCAGCCACCAUGUGCAAUGUUGUAAAUACUACACUAGCUCAUGACUACGUCCAGAACCAGAAAUUGGAACUCAAAGAGGAGUAAGAAAAUGGACACUCAGCACUGCUGAGAAAGAACAUGUCAUGCAGGAAUCCGUUGCAGUCAUGCUAUCAAGAGGAAGGAUUUGACAAGUCAAUUUUCUUUUCUCUUAGCUAAGCACUUCAACAGCUCAGUUCCUCCCUGCACUCCAAAGCCAUGUUGCAUCUCAAAAGUUCACAGGGACAGGACCUACCCAUCUUCAGGGUGUUUACGUGUCUUUUUUUUCCUGAAGACAUAAGGCAAGCUCUGUAGGGAAGUAUUUCUCUGGGGCCUGAACUGUGUUAGUCUCAGGAAUAUGUGUGUGGGGUGACACACAUUCAGUGCUCUGCACCAGCACUGAAUCCCAAGUGGCAGAAACAUCCUUGUUUUUGUUUUUAAAUUUAUUUGAGAGAGAGAGAGCAUGAGUGGGAGGGGCAGAAGGAGAGAGAAUCUCAAGCAGACCCCGAGCCAAGCCUGUUGCCAGAAGCAGGGCUCCAUCACACCACCCUGAGAUCAGGACCUGAGCCAAAACCAAGAGUCACACUCUUGACCGACUGCGCAACCCAGGCACCCCGGGUUUUGUUUUGUUUUUUUUUGUUUUUUAAGACUUUGUUUUUCAGUAAUCUCUAUACCCAAUGUGGGGCUUGAAUUCACAACCCCAAGAUCAAGAAUAGCAUGCUCUGUCGACUGAGCCAGCCAGGAGACCCACCCCUGGGUUUUUAAUAGAUUUCAUUAUCUUGUUUCCUCAGAAAGUGAAAUGUAGACUUACCAUAUGAGCCAGCAAUUCCACUCCUACAUAUGUACCCGGAAAAACGGAAAAGAAGUACUCAAACAAAAGUUUGUACACAAUAGCUCAUAGCAUCACUAUUUCGUAGUAUUCAAAAGGUAGAAACAACCCAAAUGUCCAUUAACAAAUGAAUGAGAUAAAUAAAAUAUGUUAUAUCCAUACUAUGAACUUUUUUUCAGCCAUAAAAAGGAAUGAAAUACUAACACACACUACGACAUGGAGGAACAUUGUAAACAUCACGCUGGAUGAAAGAAGCUAGACGCAAAAGGUCACCUGUGGCGUGGUUUCCAUUUAUAUGAAAUGUCCACAAUAGGGAAAUCCACAGAGACAGAAAGCAGGCUAGUAGAGCUGGGAGAGAGGGGAGUAAAUGUUUAAUGGGUAAAAGGUUUCCUUUUGGGGUGAUGAAAAUGUCCUGGAACUAAAUAAAGCUGAUGGUUGCACAACACUGUGAGUGUACUAAAUGCCAAUGGAUUGUAUGUUUUAAAAUGGCUCAUUUUUAUAUGUGAAUUUUACCUCAAUAAAAAAAAAUUUUUUUUUAGGUAUUUAGGAGGUGGAGUCAAUGGAUGGCACUUGGUGAUUGAUGGGUAGUGGGGAGGUUGGGUAGAGGAAGGCAUCAAGAAUGACUCCCCGGUGGCUGACAUGAGCAAAUGGGAGGUGACUUCAUUUACUGAAGAAGGAGCAGAUAUCUAGGAGAUGACAAGCUCCAUUCUGGAUAUCAUGAGCUGGAAGUGCUGAGACAUCCAAAUCUAGAGCUCAGAAGAAAAGUCUAAGACAAAGAUAUUUGGGAGUUAUCAACCUAACAUCAUAAAUUGACAGUGUGAGAGUGAAUGAGACUCACUAUCUGAGGGUCUGAUUGAGGAAGAACUCAAUUUGAAAGUUUAAGUUAAAAUGUCAAAAGACAUAUCUGAUAAGGAACUGCUAUCCAAAACCAAGGCCAAAGACCUUAACAGACUGGAGGGGU